AUCUUCAAAGCUUUCGUCGCAAUUGCCGAGAUAGCAACUUUUUUUUUGAAAAAAGAAAUAGGAAAAUUUUGAUUGUAUCCUUUAAAGAAACUUUAAAGGUUUUUAAAAUAACAUGUCUGCAUUGCAACCGUUUGUUUCCGAGUUUAAAGGAAAAACAAAAAUAUCGUCCGAAGAGUUUGUCAAAAUCUUUAGCGAAUUCGAUAAAGAUGGAAAUGGUUUUAUUGAAGCUGGCGAACUUGAUAGUUUUCUUAAAGAAAUUUGUGGAGAUAACGAAAAGGAUUUAAAAGAGUUCAAAGAAAAUUUGUUAAAAAAAUAUGAUGAGAACUUUGAUGGAAAAAUUUCAAUGAAGGAGUUGGUGAAGGUUUUGCCUACAGAUGAGAAUUUUCUUCUUCAAUUUCGUGAGUCACACAAACUUCACAUUGCAGAUUUUUUAAAGCUUUGGUACCAUUAUGAUACUGACAGAAGUGGAUUUUUAGAAAGAAGUGAACUAAAUGGGUUUCUUCAUGAUCUAUUGAGUAAGCAAAAUGAAAAUGUUUCUCCACAACGUAUUAAUGAUUAUGCUGAGGCUAUGAUCGAACUGUUUGAUUCAAAUAAUGAUGGGAAGAUUGAAUUGAAUGAACUUGCAAAGAUAAUUAGUGUCGAAGAAAACUUCUUGAAGAAUUUUGAGGAAGUCAGCAUGGAUGAAUUUGAAAAAAUCUUUGCUCACUAUGAUCAGGAUGGAAAUGGUUAUGUAGAGGGAACAGAACUUCUUGGGUUUAUUAGAGACUUAAUGGCUUCAAAAUCAGACGUUAUCAAGAGUACAUCCACUAAGGAUUUAGAGUCGUAUCAAAAAAUAAUUAUGGAGUGCAUUGACGAAGACAAUGAUGGGAAAGUGUCAAAGGACGAAUUGAAAUUGUUGUUUAAAUGAAAAACUGCUUAAUCACUUUUGAAAAUUUACUUAAUUUAUAGAUUUUACUCCGAAAAAUGUCGAAUGUUUAUCGGGUAAUCUGAUAUUAUAAAAGGGUUUCAUAGUUCAUAUUUCAUCUUAUAUAUUUAAUAUUACAUAUUAUAAAUAUUACGCACGCAAAUAUAUAUAUAUAUAUAUA